AUGCUAGUCAAUAUCCGAGCGGAACGACAAUUUGUUGCUGGAGCGGUUCGCCAUUUUCUGAGGUUACGCUAUCUUGUUGCCACAGGAGUCAUCGGUGGUAGCGUCGCUGCAAAGAAUUGGUAUGAAGAAUGGAAGUCAAACUUACCAGAUUUCUCCUUACGUGGCUGGAGCAGUUUCGAUACAAACUCUUUGUGGCGAGACAUGUCUGAACAGCUUUCGCAUAUAAAAAAGGGAUUUGGAGGAGAAAAUGCCGAGUUCAAGCUCCCGCACUGGAUGGCCAAAUUCGAAGCACUUCGAAAAGACCAUGGUUCUGUUCCUUUUACUCUCACGAACUCUGGGGAGAAACAGGAAUCAGACAGCGAUGGGAAACCGUUUAAAGAAACUACUCUGUUGUCUUUUAUGGCAGCAUUUGGUGCUAAGAAAAAUGACGAAGAGCGCGCAGAUGAAGAAAGCAUUGAUGAGCGCAUUAGACGGUUGCAAGAAGAAAUGUUUAAAAAGCAGAGAUCGCUUAUUGAUAUGUAUUCUGAAGUUCUGGAUCUUCUGAACGAAUUCGAUUCUUCCUAUGAUACUACGGACAACUUGCCGAGGGUCGUUGUGGUUGGAGAUCAGAGUGCAGGGAAAACUUCCGUCCUGGAAAUGAUUGCUCAAGCUCGCAUUUUUCCUCGUGGAUCUGGAGAAAUGAUGACACGUGCACCAGUGAAGGUAACUUUGUCAGAGGGUCCCUACCAUGUGGCUCAAUUCAAAGAUUCUACCCGAGAAUUUGAUCUGUCCAAAGAAGUCGAUCAGCACCAGUUGAGGUCGGAGAUUGAAGUUCGUAUGCGAAAUUCGGUGGAGAAUGGACGUACAGUAUCGAAUAAUGUUAUAUCUCUUACCGUAAAAGGACCAAAUAUUGCCAGGAUGGUUCUGGUAGAUCUUCCUGGUGUUAUCUCUACAGUUACUGCUGAUAUGGCUAAAGAUACCAAAGACGACAUAAUUAAAAUGAGUCGUGCUCACAUGGAAAAUCCUAAUGCAAUCAUUCUUUGUAUUCAAGAUGGUUCAGUUGACGCAGAACGUAGCAACGUAACAGAUCUAGUUAAUACCGUUGAUCCUCAAGGGAAGAGAACAAUCCUUGUUCUCACGAAAGUUGACAUGGCGGAAAAGAAUUUGACCAAUCCUGAGAGAAUAAAAAAAAUUCUAGAGGGGAAAUUGCUUCCAAUGAAAGCGCUUGGUUACUUCGGAGUUGUAACUGGGCGUGGAAACAGUGCUGAUUCCAUAGAGGAGAUUCGUAAAUAUGAAGAGGAAUUUUUCGCCAACAGCUCUCUCUUAAAAGAUGGUGUAUUAAAACCAUCGCAGAUGACAACAAAAAACAUGUCAUUUGCUGUAUCAGAAUGCUUCUGGCGGAUGGUUCGUGAUUCAAUUGAGAGUCAAACUGAUGCGUUCCGAGCAAGAAGGCAGUUCAACCUUGAAACAGAAUGGAAAAAUACGUAUCCACGAAUUCGGCAGCUUGACAGAGACGAGCUUUUUGAUAAGGCUCGUGGUGAGAUUCUUGACGAGAUUGUGAACCUUUCCUUAGUAAGCGCGGAAGACUGGGAGAAAGCUUUGGAGAAGAAGUUGUGGAAUAGUGUAUCCACUCAUGUAUUCGAUCAAAUUUUAAUGCCAGCCGCAGCCGUUAAUAAUGCUGGGUCAUUCAACACAUUGGUGGAUAUUCGUCUGAAACAUUGGGCCGAUAAGGAGCUUCCUCAAAAAUGUGUAGACUCAGGUUGGGAAACAUUGCGAGAAGUUUUCAUUCGGAAAGUUAAGCAAGACUGCGCUAGUCGCAAUGAUCACGAUGCAAUAUUCGAUCCACUUAAAGAUGCCGUUAUACAGGAAGCCAUUUCUAAUCAUCAGUGGGAUAAUAAGGCUUUGGACUACCUUCGGGUUAUCCAACUAAACGCCAUGGAAGAUCGUGCAGUGCCUGAUCGGAAGUCAUGGGAUUCCGCGUGUCAAUUCAUGAGCGAGUCUGCGAAAUCCCGUUUGGCGCUGGUUGACCAACAGCUUAGUGAUGCCCGUGGGCCUGGGUGGAUCUCUCGUUGGGUCUUCUGGAAGACACCUACUGCAGAGAAUCACUUUGCUAGCGCGGUCCAAGAUGAGCUAAUGACUAUGCUCGGGAACGAUCCAAACGGUCGAGAUUGCCUGUCACUGUAUCAACACUAUCGCCAAGGAUUCAAUGAAAAUGACAUUGAUUGUCAAACGGUUGUUUUAUUCUAUAGGAUACGGAAGAUGUUGAAGUUGACAUGUAAUGCUCUUCGUCAACAGAUAACGAAUUCUGAGCAACGUCGGCUUGAAAGAGAAGUGAAGGACGUUCUAGACGAAUGGUCUCAAGAACCCGAAAAGAAACAAAAAUAUGUGACUGGCAGAAGGGUUGACCUCGCAGAAGAGCUUAAGCAAGUACGUCGAAUACAAGAGAAAUUGGAGGAGUUCAUGGUGCAACUUCAGCGGGAAAAAUGA